GUUGUUACAGGAAGAACCGCGGGUAAUCAGAGUGGGAGGAAUGAUAUAAAGAUGAGCGUCUUGCGAACGAUCGGAAUAGAAGAAUCGAUCCUACAACAUGUGGAGGUAUCGAACGAUCGGGCUUUUUGCCUUGCUGGCUCUUCUCUGCAUUGACGCACAAGCUGCAGAGACCAGAGCGAAACGUAACCCUCACGGAUUUCACGAUGCAGCCGCUGAAAGCAGUUUCCUGAAAUCUCUUGCUGGUGUGGGUGGAUUAGGUGGUGGAUUAGGUGGUGGAUUUGGCGGAGGAUUUGGCGGAGGUUUCGGCGGAGGUGGCGGUGGAGGCGGAGGUGGAGGUGGUGGCGGUAGUUCAGGUGCCGGAGGUGGUGCUGGCGGACGUGGUGGUGGAGCUGGAGGAUAUGGUGGUGCAGGCGCCGGUGGUGGAGCUGGAGGUUAUGGUGGUCUAGGCGGUGGUGCUGGUGCUGGUGGACACGGUGGAGCAGGUGCUGGAGCUGGAGGUUACGGUGGUUCAGGUGCCGGAGGUGGCGCAGGCGCCGGUGGUGGAGCUGGUGGUUAUGGUGGCCUAGGCGGUGGUGCUGGUGCUGGCGGACGCGGUGGAGCAGGUGCUGGAGGUGGAGCAGGUGGUCUAGGCGGAAGCGGUGGUUAUGGUGGUUAUAGAGGGGCAGGCGCCACUUCCAGUGCCACCGCCAAUGCCAACGCCAACGCGAAUGCUUAUGCAGCUGCGAGUGCCAGUGCUAAUGCACAUGCUCUUGCUAAUUCAAAUGCGCAUGCAUCCGCCACUGCGAACGCAAACGCUGGUGCCGGUCUCGGAGGAGGAUACGGCGGUUACGAUGGUUACGGUGGUCCCGGUGGACAUGGAGUCGAUCUCUUUUCACGUAUGGGCGAUAUCAACGAAGGAGUGAAUAAGAGCGGAGCCGUGGACAAAGCCAAAGGUGUCUACAGCAGUAGUGCAGCCAACAUCGAUUCUACUGGAAAGGGAUCAUACAAAGUAUCGGCUGGAAAAAUCUAAAUGGUCUUACCGGAGGAGGUUGAAGUCGACAUUUACGAUAGAAGACGAGCCAGAAUUUGAUCUGUGAUCAAAGGCUUGCGCGGGGCUCGAUUCGCGUAUCGCUAUUUUUUCUGUUUAUACCUAGUCUGUCUUUAUUGUAUUCAAUGAAUAAAAUGCGUGGGCGAGUCUGGCGUAGCGCUAAACCUUUAAAAUACCUCCUCUUUAAAAUAGCAGAUUCACAUGACGUAAACUGUGCAGUUCGAAUAAACGAUUCAUUCUUACUUA